UCUCCCUCAGCUUCACCAACCUCUCUCCACUCCCAUCUCUGAUCGCUCUUUGUCAUCUGUCAAGAUGUUCAAGAGCGGCAUUUCCUCCUUCGCCCGCGCGGCUCGCCCGUCGUUCGCGGUCGCUCCCCGUGCCAUCCGACCUGCCUCUCUCCGACUUCCCGUCAGCAGCCGAUGGGCGUCCACUUCCAGCGUCGGUGCCGGCAAGGUUUACCAGGUCAUCGGUGCCGUCGUCGAUGUCAAGUUCGAUGGCCCUAAGCUCCCUGCCAUUCUGAACUCCCUGGAGGCCGAGAACAAUGGCCAGAAGCUGGUCCUCGAGGUCGCCCAACAUCUGGGUGAGAACGUCGUCCGCUGCAUUGCCAUGGACGGUACGGAGGGUCUCGUCCGAGGUGCUAAGGCCCUUGACACUGGUGCUCCCAUCACCAUCCCCGUCGGUCCUGCGACUCUGGGCCGCAUCAUGAACGUCACUGGUGACCCCAUUGACGAGCGUGGCCCCAUCAAGACCGACAAGCACCUGCCUAUCCACGCCGAGGCUCCCGCGUUCGUCGAGCAGUCUACCUCUGCCGAGGUUCUGGCCACCGGUAUCAAGGUCGUCGAUCUCCUCGCCCCUUACGCCCGUGGUGGAAAGAUUGGUCUCUUCGGUGGUGCCGGUGUCGGCAAGACCGUGUUCAUUCAGGAGCUCAUCAACAACAUCGCCAAGGCUCACGGUGGUUACUCCGUCUUCACUGGUGUCGGUGAGCGAACCCGUGAGGGUAACGAUCUGUACCACGAGAUGCAAGAGACCUCCGUCAUUCAGCUUGAUGGCGAGUCCAAGGUCGCCCUUGUCUUCGGUCAGAUGAACGAGCCCCCAGGUGCCCGUGCCCGUGUCGCCCUUACCGGUCUUACCGUUGCCGAGUACUUCCGUGACGAGGAGGGUCAGGAUGUGUUGCUCUUCAUUGACAACAUUUUCCGAUUCACCCAGGCCGGUUCCGAGGUGUCUGCCCUUCUGGGACGUAUCCCCUCUGCCGUCGGUUACCAGCCCACCCUUGCCGUCGACAUGGGUGGUAUGCAGGAGCGUAUCACCACCACCAAGAAGGGAUCCAUCACCUCCGUCCAGGCCGUCUACGUCCCUGCUGAUGAUUUGACUGAUCCUGCUCCCGCCACCACCUUCGCCCAUCUUGACGCCACCACUGUCUUGUCCCGUGGUAUCUCCGAGUUGGGUAUCUACCCCGCUGUCGACCCUCUCGACUCCAAGUCGCGUAUGCUUGACCCCCGUGUCGUCGGUCAGGACCACUACGACACCGCCACCCGUGUCCAGCAGAUCCUCCAGGAGUACAAGUCUCUGCAGGAUAUCAUCGCUAUUCUGGGUAUGGACGAGUUGUCCGAGGCUGACAAGCUUACCGUCGAGCGUGCCCGCAAGAUCCAGCGUUUCCUGAGCCAGCCCUUCACUGUCGCCCAGGUUUUCACUGGUAUCGAGGGUGUCCUCGUUGACCUCAAGACCACCAUUGCCUCUUUCAAGGCCAUCCUCAGCGGUGAGGGUGACAGCCUUCCCGAGGGUGCCUUCUACAUGGUUGGUGACUUCGCGUCGGCCAAGGCGAAGGGUGAGAAGAUUCUGGCGGAGCUUGAGAACAACUAAGCUGUCUGAGUUGAGUAAUACUGGGAGACAGAGGGAGAAAUGGGCCUGUGUAUAGAGAAGAGGAACAGGGGCCGGGGAGGUUUCUCAUAAGCUCCAUCAAGUCUCUUUUGUGAGCUGUGUACCAAGAAAUCAAAAAAAUUCCUCUUGUAGCCAUAUCUAGCUUUCGUUAACGCCGUGAUCCUUGCGCUCCUCGAUUCUUCUGAUUGUUGAUGCUAGUCAGCCAAUGCCAUAUUCAUCGCAGCGAGCCGGUAUUCAGCAAGCCACAAUUGGCCCAAGCAAAUGGAAUGGUACGGAG